GGAAUGGAGCAGGAGAGUGAGAGAGAGAGAUAGUGAUAGUGAGUCAGCGAGCUUUAUCUCGGGGUCAACAGUAACUGAUCACGUCAGUGUUGGAGGAAGGAGAACAGAUUGAUUUGUGAGAUACAGUCCGCAGCCUUUCAUUUGCUUUGUCCAGAUUCCUCUGUUCAUUAACAGCGGCUGUGAUGACAAGACAGAGACAAAAAGAGGAGGGGGAAGCAGAUCUGGAGAGGAAGGAGGAUUGCUUGUGUUGUGCAAUCGUUGUUAGUUCACACUACUAAACUAACUGAGAGCUGCAGAGAGAAGGGAGACUGGACAUCUCUAGCGUUCUAAACUCAGGUUCUAAAAAAAGUUACCAUGGGGACCAAACGUCCCAGUCUGACUCCCUUUGAUACAUUUGAUCCAUCCAAUCAAAGCGCUUCCUACCAGAACCCUCAGCCAAUCAGCCAGAUCUGCCACGAAACAAGUCCCCGACCUGGAACUGUGGUCCGGACAGACAGAGACAGGGAGAGGAUCCGAGAGGAGGAAUGGAGGAGAGAAAGAGAAAUGGAGAGACUGAAGGACAAAACAAGAAAUAGAAGAAAAGAGAUGGAAUCCGGACCAAGAGAGAGGAACAGAGAGGAGUGUGCCCUCAUAUCCAGAGGAAGGGAGGAGGAAAGGGAAUGGAGAGAGAGAGAAAGGGGGGGAGCGGGAGAGAGACGUGCCAAUGGAAGACCUACUUCAAAUCUAGAGAUUAGGAACCACAGAGACAGAGAAAAGGAGAGAAAGAAAGGAGACACGUUUCCUAGAAUGGUAAAACAUAGCGAAGAGAGAGACAGAAGAAUGAGUGCAUUUGUGGAGGAAGAUGUGGGGAAAGAAGGAAUGAGACAAUUGGAGAGACCGAAGGGAACAGAGAUGGACGACUGGGAGAGAGAACGAGAGACAGCAGCAAAGAUACAGCGGUAUCGAGAUGCAGAGAGGGACUUCCAAAGCCACAGAGAGAGGGAGAGGGAGAGAAUCAGGGCACAGGAGGACAGAGAGAAGAAUGGAGGAAAGCCCAUGGAGGAUAAGACCGUGAGACGGAGGGAGAGAGCGAGGGAAGCGGAGCCAGAUUUCAGAGAGAGGAGAAGAGAGAGGGAUUCAAAGGGUAAUGACCUAUGGAGCAAAAGAGAGAGGUAUAUGGAUGGAGAGAGAGAGAGGUCAAAACUCCGGCAGGGAGAAAGAGAGGAUGGAAGAAGAGAGGGAGAUUCACAGAUCUAUUCGGACAGAGAGGGCAGGGGUGGAAGGAGGGAAGGAAAUACCGAGGGACAGAGGGACACCAGGAGUGAGGGAGACAGUGAUGGAGAGAAGAGGAAAGAGAGAGUGAGAGAUGACAACAGAAGAGAACUGAAACAUCUGCACAGUAAAAGUGAUGGGGGCACUGAGGGGAACGCAGCAUGGGAUAGAGUGAGGGAGAAAGAGAAGGAGAGACAGAAAUGGAGAGGGGGGGAGAUAUACAGAGAGAGGGAUGGAAGGAGAGAUGCUUAUAGACAGAGAGUUAGGGAAGGGGACAGGGAUGGAAGGAGAGAUGCUUAUAGACAGAGAGUGAGGGAAGGGGACAGGGAUGGAAAGAGUGACAUGGAGAGAUACAGAGAGAGGGAAAGGAGAAAAGUGAGGGAAGUGGAGAGAGAGAGGGAUGAGGUGAGAGAAGGGGGCAGGCGAGAGGACAGACCAAGGAAAAGGAGGGACCUAGAGAAAGUGAGGGUGGGAACACAGCCCAAUGUAACAGGAGAGAGAGGGAAGUGGAUGGAUGGAGAGAGAUUCAGAGAGAGGGAGAGAUAUUCCAAGGGGGAGGAUGAAGAGAGGAGGUGCAGGGAGAAGAGGGACAGAGAGACAGAUCUCAAAAGGGAGGGAGGAGCAGACGGAGCUAGUCCGCUGAGCGAGACAGAUCCCAAAAGGGAGGGAGAAGCAGAUGGAGCUAGUCGUUCGCUGAGCGAGACAGCCCCAAGGGUGCCACCACGAGUCCAGAGCAGCGGAGAAUGGAGCAGUGACAUAGAGAGGGAAAGACAAUGGAGAAGAGGAGGAGAAAGUCAUGAAGAGAAGGAGUCAGAGGGAGAGAAGGAUGUGGACAGGGGGCAGAGAGACUGUAGUGAAAGAGAGAGACCAGAUAGAGUGAGGGGGAGAGAAGAAGGAAAGGAAGAGACGAUACCAAAGCGCCCUGAGCAGAGGAGGAUGUGGUUAUUACCACAGAAGGUCAGAUAUAACAAAGACUCCUCUUUAGAGGAUGAUGUUAUAGAGCGAGAAAGAGAUAGGCACACUAACAGAUGGAGAGAGAGAAGUGAAGAAGAGGACAGAUCUGUGGAACAAAGGACAGGCAGAGAUAAAGAGAGGAAGACAGAGGGAGAAGGACAAGAGGACAGGUCGGUGGAACAAAGAAAGUCCAUAGACGAAGAGAGAGAAGCUGAGAGGGAGGGAGGGAGGGAGAGGUAUUUGGAGAGAGGGUUAAAUGUAGAUGAAGACGAUGAGACAGAAGCCUGGAGGAGUUAUAGCAGAGGAGAGGAACACCAGACUUACAGUGAUGGAGAGAGAGAGGAACGCUGGCAGAGGGACAGGGAGACGGAGAGAGAGAAUGUGACAGAUAACACAGAGGGUGACAGAGAGGAAGAAGGAGGAAGAGAUAGAUAUACACUCUUCGAGAGCGAUGGAGGAAGUGAUAGAGAGUGGGAAGGAGGGAGGGAUAGAAUCCCUUCCUCUGAGGACGGCUUUAUCACUGUGUCCAGUGGUGGAGAAGAGGAGUUUGAGGACUGCAAGGAAUUCUUGGAAGUUGGGGUUGCUAUUCAUGUUACCAGGCAACCUGUUAGCUUUCAGGGGAGCGAGGGAGAGAUGGAGAGAGGUGGAGGGAGAAGACAUGAAAGAGAGAGAGAAAGAGCAGAAGAGAGGACAGAGCAAAAAGAUGAUGCAGUGGUGGGAGAGGUGAAUGACGGAAAGGGGAAGAAGCAACCCACCUAUGUAUUCUGUGUGAUUGGACAAACACUGCCCAGGUCUAAACCCAAUCAGACAGCAGUCUUGGGUGACAUGGAAUCAGAGCGGACCAAUCAAAAUCCUGGAUAUGGUCAUAGGGACAGUGGUGACAUCACACACCUCCCUCAUGAGAACCCUUCCAGAGAUGGAGACCAAGGGGCAGAGGAUGAGAGAAAAAUAGUGAGGGAUGAGAUCCAUGUGCCAAAGGAGGAGAGAACAGACACAGAAGAGAGCUCCAUAGUGGACGUCAGUCACACAACCCUAGAACGAGAGAGCGGAGAACGACUGAAGGUCAUGGAGGAGAACCCAUACGCUGAGAUAGAGCGAAGGAGGAACUCUGAGACUGAAAAGCUCCUCAAAGAGUGGAGAGAAAGACAUGAAGAGUACACAGAAACAAGAGAGAGGGACCCAACAGACAGGAGGAGGACAGAACCAGAGAUAGGUCCAUCUUCACAUCCCAGUGGAGAGUACCACCACCAUGGGAUCCCUGUAGUUGACCAAGCCACCUCUGACCAGAAUAACCCUGUAGUGAUGAGCCCAGAGGAAGCUGUGGCCAUCCAAAUCUGUAUAAGGGGAGCCUGGAGCACAGAAGAGGAGGCCAAGCGCCACUCCCAGGCCUCACACAUGAAGUGGGCCAAGAACGUAUUGAGCGAGAUCCUUGGCAGCUCGGAGGAACCAGCCCUCGGCAACCCCCAGCCAGAGUCACAGGGAAGUCAAGAGGUCAGCCAGACUGCGAGAGGGACCGAGAAGGUAGAAGAGGAGCUAGAGGAAGAAAAGGAUGAGACGCUAGAGGGGGGAGGAGCCUCACCCGUCUACGCCACGGUUCAGAAGAGGAAGAAGCAUGGGAGGAAGUCGGUGGAGGAGAGGUUGGCUGAACUGGAGGCAGAGCCAGGGAAGCUGGAGGAUGAGAGAGGUACAGGGGAGAAACUAGCAGACGUGCAUGCUGAGGCUUUCACAGCUAUGCUUGGUGAUGGCAAACCCAUAGACAUGCAUGCUGCCCUGACCCUACACAAUACUCAUGGUGACACACCUACAGACACACAGGGAGAGGAGGUGGAGGGUAACAAUGUGUGUGCGGACAGACAAACAGACAGUCAUAUACAUAUCCAGGUAGAGAUGGUGACAGAGGUUGAGGGUGAGAUGGAGAAAGGGGUCGAAGUUGGGGACGAGGUUCAUAUACUGGAUGCAGAGAAAGAAGCGAAUUCCCAGAAAGAGGAAGAUCUGUUUCUCUCUGUGAGCAACACCCUGUACAAACCAACCAGCUGCCCCAGCCUUAUAUACAACCCUGAUUCAGAACAACCUAUCACCACCAUAGAGGAAAAGACAGAGGAAGAAGGGGAUAAAGAGAGGACUGUGGGACAGGGGGAAGAGAAUAGUGUGGUAGAGAGGAAGCAGGAAAGGAGGAUAGAAGAUGGGACCGAGGACAGGGGGAAAGUGGGAGAGGCGACUGAGGAGAGGAAAGUGGAAAGGGAGGAGGAGAAGAGGGUAGGAGGGGAAGAGGAGAGGAUGAGGGAGGGCAAGGAAGAUAGUAAAAAAACGGGGGGAGGGGGGGUGAAGAGCACUUGUAGCUUCCAAGAUUUGGGCACCGAUGUUCGGUAUAGGAGGCGGGGGUUCCGCAAGGCAACAGAAAGAAGAAACGAGGAAGAAGAAGAAGGAAGAGGAGAUGCGAGGGAUCGCAGAACAAGAAUCUUCCAGGCGUCAGAUGAUGAGGAGGAGGAGGUGAGCUUCAACUGGGGAGACGUGGACCUGAGGAAUGUCACAGAUACCAUCAGAAUGGCUAGGAGGAACUCCAAAUUUUACAAUUCCCAGCUCUACCAGGAGUACAGUGAGACGGCUCAGAACAGGGAGAUCCUCAGUCAGUCUUGCUCUGACGCCCUCUCCAUCUACGAGGAGCUCCCUGGCCCCCUGGCCCCCUCGCUCCCUCCGGCUCGCAGGCCCUUACCCUGUCUCCCCCCAGUCAUCCACCCCCACUCACUGUCCCACUCUGGCUCUACCUCCAGUGGCACCAGUGCCAAGUUCCUACCCGUACCACAGCCGCCCCAGCCCCCCCCGGCCAGGCCUUCCUCUCCCCGCCUCUCCAUCUCCCUCACCCAGUCCCCCAGCCUAUGGCAAGAGAUCCCUGAGGUCAGGAACAGUGCUGCGUUUGGGGAGCUGACUAACGACCAGAGACGCCUGCAGGAGGUGCAGUUUGAGGUUGUAACUUCAGAAGCGUCGUACUGUCGUAGUCUGGAUAUUGUGGUGGAUCACUUUGUCAAGUCUAAGCAGCUCGGGGAGCUGUUGACUACUCAGGACAGGAGCUGGCUGUUCUCCAGGCUGGCUGAUGUCCGAGCCAUCAGCCACAGUUUUCUGUCGAAGCUGGAAGAGAGGGUAGAAUCUGAUAUGAUGCACUUCACCGUGUGUGACAUCAUCGUUCGCCACUGUCAACGCUUCAAGAAGGUCUACGUGCCCUACCUCACCAACCAAUCAUAUCAGGAUGCCACUUACCAGAGACUCAUGGAUGAGAACCAUGGGUUCAGGCGGGUAGUGGAGAAGUUGGAACGCAGUCCAGUGUGUCAGCGCCUUCCUCUUCGCUCCUUCCUCAUCCUCCCCUUUCAGAGAAUCACACGAAUCAAACUCCUUGUGCAGAACAUUGUGAAGAGAACAGCCCAAGGCACAGAGGAGGAGGUCCAGGCCAUUAAAGCUAUGAAGCUACUGGAGAGGUUGAUCCAGGAGAGCAAUGACAGUAUUACUCAGAUGAAGAGCAUUGAGUCGCUUGUCUCUCUCAGUGCCAGAGUGGACUUUGAAUGCAGGACUCUCCCCCUGGUCAGUCAGUCUCGUAGACUGGUGAGAGAGGGACCGGUGACUGAGAUGAUGGAUUUCUCUCUGAAGGAGACAGAGAGGAGUGUCUACCUUCACCUCUUCAAUGACUACUUGCUGCUGUCGCUGAACAAAGAAGGGGGCAGGUUCACGGUGAUAGACCAUGCUCCGGUUUCAGAACUACGAGCUGAGAACUGUCGGGUCAAACUGCACUCUCUAGAGAAGAACCUUUUCCGCCUCCACCUUAACAAGAAAGCCCUGCUACUUAGCACCGACACACAAGGUGAUAAACUGCGUUGGAUCUCAGCUGUCUCCAGGCCCCAUCCUGUUAUUGACUAUUCUGCAGAACAAGACUUCACACAGAUGCAGUGCGUCCGAGCCUUCGUUGCCCACCAACCAGAUGAGCUGUCCUUGGAGAAGGCUGAGGUCAUUCUCGUCCACCAGCAGAGCAGCGACGGUUGGGUGGAGGGGACCAGGUUGUCAGACAGACACAGAGGAUGGACUCCUGAGUCCCAUUUGGAAACCAUAGCCAGCCUCAGGGUCCGACAGCGCAACCUGCAGGAUGCUCUAAAGAUUACCACAGCCACGGCUGCAGUAUGACAAACCAUCCACUGUCUGACUGCGCUGGGGGAAUCCUAGUCACUGUGUAUCAAUGUGGUGGAGUUACUGUGGAUUUGGACAGUGGAUGAAACACAUGUUUCAGACUGGAGUUGUCCUUCCCGGCCUCAGCCUGCUUAUUGGGGAUGAAUGGCUUUAGGGGGAGUGCCUUAGAUGGGGGUGCCUUAGAGAGAGGCACUGGACUGACAUGAAUACCUGUAACACUUACAGGAGUGUCAACGUAAAUUAUUGGAAGGGUUUUGGAGGUGUCUGGGAGUGUCUAGGGUCGCCUUGUAAAUCAAACCUUGCUAAUGAAUGUCGAUGGACUGUUACAGGAUGUAUUGGAAAUCAGCCAUCUAAGAACAUCAGUGGAUUGAGGACCUGUGGCCCCGGAGAAGGACAGAGGUUUCUCCAUAACUACUUUACUUGGGGACUUUGAAAAAAGACAUGGUUUGGGGCCUCCCGAGUGGCGCAACAGUCUAAGGCCGCUACAGGUCACUACAGAUCUGGGUUCGAUCCAGGCUCUGUCACAGCCGGCCGCGACCCGGGAGACCCAUGAGGCGGCAUACAAUUGGCCCAGCGUCGUCCGGGUUAGGGGAAGGUUUGGCCGGCUGGGAUGUCCUCGUCCCAUUGUGCUCUAGUGACUCCUGCACGCUGACUUCGUUUGCCAAUUGUACAGUGUUUCCUCCACAUUGGCUGGCUUCUGGGUUAAGCAAGCAGUUUUGGAAGACGCCUGGCUCUCGACCUUCGCCUCUCCCGAGUCCGUACAGGAGUUGCAGCGAUGAGACAAGACUGUAACUACCAAUUGGAUAUCACAAAAAAGGGGUAAAAAGUACAAAAACUAAACAUGGUAUGAUACACCUUGGCAGAGUUUUGCAAUAGAGGGUAUUGUAUUUGAACAAAAUGUUUCUACAUAUUCAGGGUAAUGUAUUAUUUGUGUAUAUUACAAAGAUUUUCAUAAAUGACUUAUGGUGGGUACUUAUUGGUUGACGGCUCAAAUUGAAUAGUUCCGCUGCUCUAUGUUCACUACAUACUUCAGGAUAAGACUGCCAUCGUUGAAGUCGUUUGUGGUCUAAAUGAGGGGUGUUGUACAAAACAAAUUAAUCAGCGACUUGAUCAUCUUUAACCAAUCAGGGUAUCAAAGCCAAUGACAAAUGUUUUAAACGCCCCUUUACUGAUGUGUCCUCUGGAUCUGGCCCAACCCAUUGGUUUCUGGGACCAAUCAGAAUGGUUAGAAUGUGUUUGCUUUCUAGAAAUCGUCAGGGAGGUACUCAGAUUCAGAUCCGGAGAAGAAACUAAUGUCUGUGGGCAUGGCGUAGCAUUUGGCUGGAGAAAAGAGUUUGAGUAGCCUGGCAAGGAUACUUAAUCCCAUUUGAGAUACAGAAGACUACGAGAUAGAGUUUGCAUGCACAUUGUUAAGAAUGUUGAAAGGGCUGUAAGUGCAAUACAUUUCCAGGACUGUGUAUGUAGCCUACACAAUUAGAUUUUAUGAAAAAGAGGUGCAAUGAUCAAAAUAAGCAGUUCUGUCUGUGUUGAGGAGACUGAGAAAGUAUGCUUUGGAAAUAAAUGACGAUACUCAUGAA